AUGGAUAUUCAUGUUCUACAAAGCCAGCCCGCCCAGAAGGUCACGUUUAAAGACUCUUCCACGGUUCGUGUGGAUUUGGUCCGCGGCGGGUUCCAGCCGCGCCUUCCGACUUCGCUGCCGCCCCCAGGGCAGCAGCAGCAGCCGUCGCCGCUACCACGCCGACAGCCCGUCCCGUUGAUGCCUCCCGCGCAGCUUCAUCCGGGAGCGCCCCGGGUGGUCGCUCCGGCGCCUGCGGUCCCUCUUCAGUCGCCACCGCCUUCGGAGCUGAUGGAUGUCGACCCCUCAGCCGGGCCGCCUUCCCAAGCGGUGGCUGUGCAGCCUGUCCUGCAGCCGCUUUCCUUGGGCACCCCCAAGGAGUCUGACGCCGCAGCGCCUUGUCCGGCGCCCACUCAGCAGCCGUCGACGCAGCGUCAGGAGACGCUGCCUCUCUUCGUGGGUCCCGACGCCCCGUCGCGUCCAGUACCAGAAGCUGCGCCCGUGGUCACAGGGGCGUCGGCGGAGUCUGCGGCGGGGGCGGCGGCGGCGGUAGAAGCGCCGUCGACGUCGCCCGCUGACCAGGUGAGCGGGCGCGGGGCCGCGACCCAAGGGCGCCCGCUCUUCUUGCCGCAGCGGCGAUCUGCACAGUGCCGUCUCGGCGGCUAG